UCUACUGCCUUUGCAAUGCUGACUCUUGGUGCCAGGUCUGAUACUUUGGCACAGAUUCUUAGGGUCCUUCACUUUAAUCCACGUGAGAUUUCUGAAAAUGAAAUCCAUGAAGGUUAUCGUCAACUCAUACAAAUGGUAAACAGAAAGAAUGAGGGCUUACAGCUUAAUAUGGGAAAUGUCCUGUUUGUACUUGAUCGACUGAAACCGCAACAAAGAUUUUUGAAUAACCUCAGAGAAUUCUAUGAAGGUGAAAUUUAUCCUAUGAACUUCAAGAGGUCUGAUCAAGCCCAGACGAAGAUCAAUGGUUAUGUAGCAGAAAGAACCAAUGGGAAAAUCAAGGACCUCAUAAAUAACCUUGAUCCACUUACUGAACUUCUUCUCAUUAGUUAUAUUUAUUUUAACGCUGAAUGGGAAAAACCUUUCAAUCCACAAUACACUAAAAAGGAAAGAUUCUUUGUGGAUGGGAACAAGGCUGUUGAAGUCCCAAUGAUGUUUGGAAUUGGUGCGUUCAAACAUGGCUAUGAUGAACAACUGUCUUCCACUGUCGUGCAAAUGGAUUACAAAGGAGGUGCUUCAGCAUUUUUUGUUCUGCCUGAUCAAGGAAGAAUGAGGAAGCUGGAAAAAAAACUGUCUUGUGAACGUAUGGCAAGAUGGAGAACAUUAGUCUCAAAAAGCAACUCAGUAAAUUUGUAUCUUCCAAAAUUCACUCUUCUUGGGAGAUACAACCUAAAAAAUAUUUUAUACAAAAUGGGCAUAAUGGAUCUAUUCACUGAUAAGGCUGACCUUUCUGGUGUCACCGGACAACCCCAGCACAGAAUUUCCCAGGCUAUUCAUCAGGCUGUGGUAAAGGUGGAUGAGACUGGCACUGAAGCAGCAGCUGCCACAGGCAUGGAAAUAGUGCCUAUGUCCGUUCCAGUUGUCAUUAAAAUGAACAGACCCUUCUUAUUGGUCAUAACUUUAAGGGACAACAUACUGUUCAUGGGAAAAAUUGUGAAUCCUCUGGAAAAAGAAUAAGCUAAUAUACACAAUAGGUAUGCAGUUAUCACCACCAUUAA